AUGCAAGCAACAAGUGCAGGUGGAGCUAAUCAAGCUAGUGGGUCAAGAGCUACAGCACGAGCUUAUGCUAUGAGACAGAGGGAUGACCAAGAUGGGGCGGACGUGGUUAUUGUCUUCCUUGCUGGUUUGAUUGAAAUGCCUUUCCAAGACUAUGAUGUCAUCGUCGGUAUGGAUUGGCUUCAUAGAUACCAUGCGGUAGUUGAUUGUAGGUCAAUGCAUGUGAGAUUUAGAGCUCCUUCAUUUUCACACAUCAUUGUUCCAGGUGAAAGAUCAUUGACAUCUAAUAUUAUCUCCGCGGUUGUGACAAGAAAGAUGGUUAGUCAGGGUUGUGAAGCUUAUCUUGCUCAUAUAUUUGAUACAUACCUGGAAAGUCCAAGACUUAAGGAUAUACCAAUUGUAUGUGAAUUUCCUGAUGUUUUCCCUGAAAAUCUUCCUGGAUUGCCCCCGGAAAGGGAAGUUGAAUUUUCUAUAGAGGUUAUUCUUGGAACUACUCCUAUUUCUAUAAAUCCUUACCAAAUGGCUCCAGCAGAAUUGAAGGAGUUGAAAAUUCAACUGCAAAAACUUCUUGAGAAAGGUUUUAUUCGCCCAAGUGUUUCUUCUUGGGGAGCUCCUCUAAAGGGUGCUAGGUUGUUCUCAAAGAUUGACUUGAGGUCUGGGUAUUACCAACUGCUGAAAAAGCCAUAUGCUAAGCUUUCCAAAUGUGAAUUUUGGCUUGGUGAAGUGGCUUUUCUGGGCCAUGUUGUGUCAGCUGAAGGUGUGAAGGUGGAUCCUAGUAAGAUUCAAGCUAUUGUUGAAUGGAAACCGCCUAAAAUUCCAACUGAAGCAAGAAGUAAAGCCAAUGUGGUUGCAGAUGCUCUAAGUCGCAAAUCCUUUGUCAGUUUAUCUCUAAGCCCUUUAUAUUUGUUCCUUGAAUUAAGAGCCAUGAAUUCUUGUCUUGCAUUUAAUUCUAAUGGAUCUAUUGUUGCUAGUUUGCAGGUCAAGCCAGUUCUACUUGAACAGGUGAAAGAAGCACAAAAGCUAUGUGUUCCUAAAGAUGACAACUUGAGGAAAGAAAUUCUGAAUGAAGCACAUACUUCACUAUGUGCAAUGCAUCCAGGAGGCCGAGCAUCAAGUCCCAACUGGUUUGUUACAACCUUAUCGAUACCUGAGUGGAAAUGGGAAAGAAUAACUAUGGACCUUAUUUUUGGGCUUCCAAGCACUCAAAGAAAUCAUGAUGCAAUUUGGGUUAUAUUUGAUAGGCUAACUAAGAAUGCUCAUUUCUUGGCCAUUAGAGUGGACUAUCCACUUGAACGUUUCGCAGAAUUGUACGUUAAUGAGAUUGCGAGGCUACAUGGAGUUCCUGUUUCUAUUGUAUUUGACCGAGACCCAAGGUUUACAUCCAAAUUCUGGACUAGCUUGCAAGAAGCUUUGGGCACUAGGUUGAACUUUAGUACUUCUUUCCAUGUCCAAUCCGAGAGGGUAAUUCAAACCUUGAAAGAUAUGCUUUGA